GCCGAUAUCAACCCGCAAACACGGUUGCAAUCAGGGAAAUCUAAUCAAUAAUCAGAGGGCCAGCAGGUUUAAAAGCGCCAGGUUUCCUGGGUGGGCAAAUCAGUUGCGAAACAUGAAGGGUCUAGUGUUGAUUGCCUUGAGUGCCCUGAUCUUGGCCAGCGCCCAUGCCAGGAUCCUGCCGAAGGAGGAGGAUCUCCUCUGGGAGGUGCCGGAAGUUCCGGAAAUGGUUAAUGUGAUCGAAACAAGGGAGGCUGGCUGCUCGAUUAAGAUCCGCAGUUCUGAGCUGAAGGAUCCCCAACCUCUCCUGAUCAAGUCGGGAACCUCGGAAAUCGUUGGCUUUUCGGACACCGGAUACGUGGACGUGGACAAGGACAAGACCAUUGAGUUCCACUGCACCAGCAGCUUGGCCUCUCCGCUGUCCGGGAAAUCGGUGACCGCCAAGUGCGUGGGUGGCACCACCUUCAAGAUCAACGACAAGGAGCACGACCUGUCCGCCAUCAAGUGCACAUCCUGGCCAGCGUUCGUGGGCAAGAAGUCGGGAUCCAGCUGCAAUGGAGGCACCACUCUGAUCAAGGUGGGCUUUGAACUGACCAACUCCCGAUUCGCCACCCAGUAUGAGGUGUGCUUCAACGAGGACGAGGAGGUUACCAGGUACGUCUACCACCGCCUGGAGCCCGGAAACAACUACUAUGCCACCGGCGUGGAUCGCAUUACCUUCGGUGCCGGCGGCUACUUUGCGGGCAAAAAUGUGGACAAGCUGUAUACUCAGGCGGUUCAAAAGGAGACCAUCGACAAGGAGCUGGACAUGGACUCUGCUCGCUACUUCGAUUCGGCCAAGAACAUCUUCCUGGCCCGUGGUCACAUGGGAGCCAAGGCCGACUUCGUCUUUGCCCCGGAGCAAAGAGCCACCUUCCUGUUCAUCAACGCAGCUCCUCAGUGGCAGACCUUCAAUGCCGGAAACUGGGCUCGCGUGGAGGACGGAGUUCGCGCCUGGGUGGCCAAGGAGAAGAAGCACGUGGAGUGCUGGACGGGAGUCUGGGGAGUCACCACCCUGGCCAACAAGAACGGGGAGCAGAGGCAGCUCUACCUCUCCCACGACAGCAACGGCAACGGUCUUAUCCCGGUGCCCAAGCUCUACUUCCGCGUGGUCAUCGAGCCGUCGAGCAAGAAGGGCAUCGUCCUGAUCGGCGUGAACAACCCCCACUUGAGUCUGGAGGAGAUCAAGCGGGACUACAUCCUCUGCGAGGACGUCAGCGACAGGAUCAGCUGGAUCAGCUGGAAGAAGACGGACAUCACCGCUGGCUACUCGUACGCCUGCGAAGUUCCCGAGUUCCGCAAGAAGGUGGACCACCUGCCCCAAUUCUCUGUCAGCGGCUUGCUGGUCUAGGCUUUCGACACAACUAAUAAAUACCCCAAAACCAUA